AUGUCCCUUUCCCUUCUUCUAGGAACGGCUCUUUUGUUUUCGAGGACGAUAUGCGUAGCGUCUUUGUCCUCUAAUCUUGGACCGGUCGUCGACCUAGGGUACGCUGCGUUUGCUGGUAAUAGCACUUCGCCGGAAGGAAUCGAGAACAGCCCUGUUACGUUUUUUGGAAACAUUCCUUAUGCAGAACCUCCUGUUGGCAAUCUUCGUUUCCGUGCACCCAAGCCACUCAACGAAAAUGGAAGAGCACAAGUGGUCACUGACGCCAGGAACUGGGGUCCGCCAUGUAUUCAAUGGCCAGCAGUAGUAGGGGUAGGCUCCGAAGAUUGUUUAACGCUAAAUGUUUGGAAGCCAACUAAUGCUACUGAAGGAUCCAAACUUCCUGUUGUUGUCUAUAUUCAUGGGGGCGGAUUUUUCCAAGGGUCUCCAUCAGGUUUCCCCUUUAAUGACUGGGUUGCACAACACCCAGGUGGUAUCGUAGCCGCCUCAAUUACCUACCGUUUAGGAGUUCUAGGAUUUAUGGGCGGCUCGCAAAUAGCUGCAGAUGGUGACCUAAAUGCCGGUCUUCUUGAUCAACGAGCAGGCUUGGAAUGGAUUCAACGUCACAUCUCAAAAUUCGGAGGCGAUCCAAAUGAAGUUACGAUAAUGGGCGAGAGCGCCGGUGGUGCUAGCGUUGUAAUGCAAGUUGUUGCGUAUGGAGGAACCAAACCUGCUCCUUUCAAACGCGCUGCUGCACAUUCUAUUGGGUUUGGUGGCGUUCGAAAUCAAACUGAGGUGGAACGCGAUUUCAGCAUGGCUGCAUCUAUCAUUGGAUGCCCUGACGACAAGAACACCUUGUCUUGUAUGAGGAAUGCCUCCGUAGGAGCAAUUGUGAGCGCUAUAAAUCGGCUUCCAAAUGAUUUAUCGCCCGUCAUCGACGGGGAUAAUGGAUUCCUACCUGACCUUCCCUCGCACCUGAUCAACGCCGGCAAAUUCAGCACAGUCGAGUUUUUGGGCGGACACUGCACUGGAGACGGGGCCACUUUUGUGGGAGGGACCCCUGAUCAAUUCAAGACUGAUGACGAUAUUCGUAACAUUCUUUUCGCUAGGUACCGAGGAUUGACGGCAGACACAAUUGCAAAAGCUUUUGCUCUAUAUCCAGCUCCAGGAACCCCGGGAAGUACUUUCGCCACUCAAUUUGAUCGUGCAUCAGCGAUGGCUGGUGACAUUGUGUUUUCCUGCAUGGAUUGGCUGCUGGCUGAAAAGGAAUUAGAAAGAGGUGUUAAGAAUGUAUUUGCUUUCAGCUGGAAUGCCCCUGACACCGUGCUUUUCAACGCGACGCCAUACCGGGGCGCUGCUCACACCUCUGAUCUUUACUACUUAUUCAAUGGAAACAAUCCCUUCAACAACGAUGGUAACACCUUUACCCCAUUCAACACGAGCGAGGCGGUUUUAGCGUCAGAAGCCAUCGCAUACUGGACAUCAUUUGUAGCCAACGGAGACCCUUCUGUCGAUAAAAAAGCUACUUCACCCGCAUGGACCAAGUUUUCUGCUGGAAUAGGACAAGACACGCGCUCGCGCAUGCAGCUGACUCGUGGGGGUAACAAUGUAACUGCCUCUGGCAUGGAAGGGAUAUCACCCGCUCAGAUAGAACGGUGCCAGUUCUGGAUGAGUGACACUGUUGCAGGACAAACUCGCCUGUAG